AUGCCGGCGCCCACAAAAGACUCCUUCGUCGAGGAAUACGUCGGCUCGGGGCUGCUCUCUUAUCUUGCUUUUACGGAGGAUGGACAGAAUGCCUUCGUCGGAGGCGAGGAUGGUCUUGCGCGACGAUAUGAUAUGAACGCCUCCGUGAACGAGGAGCCGACAGUAUACGAAGGGAUGGAUGGCGAGAUCUCCGCUAUAGCUGCCAAUAACAAGUACUGGCUCGCUGCUGCAGUCGAUUCUGACGUGCGGAGAUUCAUGACGAAGGCGUCUGCAAGCACGCAGUCCAACUACGAGAUCAUCUACCAACCCAAAGCGGUCACUGUUAGGGCACUGUCCAUCAACCCCGCGGGAACGAAGGUCGCCAUUGCUUCUGAUGAGACCUUCGUCAAGAUCAUAGACUUCGAGGAUAUCACUGAGGUGCAAACAUUGGAAGGCGGUCAUACGCGAGGCGUGCGAGGAGUGUCGUGGGAUCCGUCUGGGACUCUAGUUACCACCACCGGCGCUGACGGCAAGAUCGUCAUCUGGGAAGUGAACCAAGCACCGUUCAUCCGACACACCCUCGAGCGCGUUGUCAUCCCCAUCCCGAACGACGACAGCCCUCAGUUCAAGCAUGACGCUUCUGCAAUCUGGCAUCCAUCUAGCCCAUAUAUUUACGUGCUCUCAGGGUUGAAUGAGGUCAAAAUCAUCAACACCGCCAUGAAUUGGGAGAGCAGGGUGUUUGCCUCUGAGGAGAGCGGCAGCGUGCUGAGUGCUAUCAGCCUCUCACCGAAUGGACUGUAUCUAGCCGCAGCGGCGAAGGACCGAGUGUCCAUUUGGUCGACAGAAGUUGGUUUCAAUAAGGCUAACAAGCCCGUCGCACGACAGGAGAAGGUCUCCAAAGGCUUCAUCACCCGCCUAGUAUUCUCUCCUUCGCAGCACAUGCUCGCCUGGACCGACUCCGUUGGCGGCCUGUACCGCUGGUGGAAGCCCAUACCCUCCUCUCAGCCAGACACCGUGCAGCCUUCUCGCGCAGACGCCCUGAAGGAUGACCUGUUCGACGCGAUGCCGGAUAUCCCGUUGGACGACGAAGACGAUGCGCCGAUGGACAACGGGCGGGAUAGGAUGGAUGAGGGGCGGGACAAUAUGAACGACGGCCUAGACGACUUCCUAGACGAUGCGGAUAUGGCGUAUGCGGAUGAGAGGAAGCGGCAUCGGGAAGAAAGGAAGGGUUUGCUGGAUAAGAAUGUGAGGGAAGUUGUCAGCAUCACCGAAGCCCAACCCCCCUUCCAGCCCGGCGCCACCCCCGGCAAGCAAGCCCGCUACCUCGCCCACAGCCUCCUCGGCGUCAUCGAAGCGACCGUCGUCGACGACGAGCGGCUCGCGGUUACGGUGUCAUCCUUCGACCGCACCGCGCGGCCGUCGUACAACUUCACCACCACGCAUGCAUUGAGGCACGCCUACAUUGGCGAGCGCGGCGUCGCCUUCGCGUACGAUGCGGAGGAUGGGCUGUACGAUGAGGAUACGGGCGAGACCUCCGCGACCCCGGCGCGUGUGGUGUAUAAACCCUACGGGAGCAAGGGCGAGAAGCUCGACUGGACGUAUACGCUGAGCGAGGGGACGAAGGUUCUGGGUGUGGCGGCAGGGGGUGUCAGUUCGACGGACUUGAAAAGCGGAAGCGAUCGCGACCUCGAGGGCCUCGGAGACGUGGUCGUGGCCACGGACGAGGGCGACCUGACAUUCCUAAGCGGCUCGGGGCGCGAGCGACGGAUCGUCGGCCUCGGCGCGGACUUCGUGACGAUGGCCGCGGGCGAGGAGUGGGUGUUCGUGGUGCACCGGCCGGGGUCGACGACGAUUGACGGGUCGCAAAAUUUGUGGUACUCGCUCAUAAGGUUCGAUGACUUUAGUGUGAUGCAGCAUGGGACAUUGCCGCUGGCGAGGCAUGUGACGCUGCUUUGGGCGGGGAUCACGACGGAGGGGGCUCCUGCCAUAUACGAUAGCGCUGGCUACCUGCAUAUCCUAUCGAAGUACCGGGUACCUCAUCAUGCCUCUUGGGCGAGAGUGCUUGACACGAACACUUUGGAAAGGCGCAAAGGGAAGGACGAGUCGUAUUGGGCGGUUGGCGUCACGGAUAGCACGUUUAUGUGCUUGAUCCUGAAGGGCAAGCAACAAUUCCCGGGCUUCCCAAGACCUCUCAUCCAGGAGAUUGACAUUCGCCUGCCUUUCCGUAGGGAUGAUCCAGGAAACGAAGCCCUCGAGCGCGAGCUCAUGCACCUCGAAGCCUCCCGCGACGCCCUCGGCGAUGAGCUCACUUCCGACGACGUCUCCACCCGCGAGCACGCCAUCGACAAAGAGCUCAUCAAACUCAUCCAAGCCGCCUGCAAGGACGCCAACAUCCCCCGCGCCAUCGAGCUCACCAAGCUCCUCUCCAACACUCACUCCUUCGACCUGGCGGCCAAGAUCGGCGACUUUUACAAGAUGCCUGGGUUCACUGAAAAGGUGUAUCUGUUGAAGGACGAUAGGGCAGAUGCAGAGGAAAGGCUCGAGGAAGAGAGGGAGAAAAGGCAACGGUGGAUACGGACGGAUAGUGCGCCGAGGAGGUUACCGGUGCCAAUGGCGAGCGCGAGUACGGGGAGGGGUCUGUUCUCGAGCACGGUACCGCCGGAGCCGAUUAGGCGGCCAGGGCUGGAGAGGGCGGUACCGGUGGUAGAGCACUCGAGGUUCUCGAGCAAUGCGGCUGCGAAUAUGCCGGCGCCGACACCGUCGUACGCGACGCCUUCGCCUCCAUCGCCUGAGAAGCGCAAGCGAGAUGAGUACGAUGAUACUGAGGUCCCCUCUUCGUAUGCGCCGCCGCCGAAGCAGAAGACGAACCCCUUCGCGCGGAAACCUGGUCAGGAUACGAGCCGCAAUCCUUUUGCCAAGAAGAGUGCCGACGGCAAUAAGACCAUCCAGAAGAGCGAGAGCUUCUUUGAGAAGGUCGACGCGGCGGAGACGGGAGCAGCGAAGCCUAAACGCGCGUUUGGGCCCCUCGGGAAAGACAAGAAGUCUUCUGGACCGAAGCAAACGACGCUCUUUGGACUGCCUCCCGGACCAGGCAACGACGCGAAGCGGGGGAAGAAGAAAGCGCCAGAGCCGAAGGCCGCCGCACCAGAACCCUCAGAUGCUCCCGAAUCGCAAACGCAGGAAACGCAGGAGGAAACUCAAGAGACGCAGCUUGAAACGCAAGACGCGGACGUGCCGAUGUCCGACGCGACCACGUUGGUCCCAGAGAAGUCGCAGGUUCUGGUACCAAGUAGUCAGCCUAUGAUGAACGACAGCCAGGACGUGUAUGUUGGGGCGCAGAUCAUAGAGGAGACGCCGGCUUUCACGCAGACGCAGGAGUCGAUGAGCACGUAG